CGCCAAGAAACUGUUUCAAACAUGAUUUCAUAUAAAGAUGUGUCCAGUUUAGUGCUAUUGAUACUGUUGGUAAGCUCAAGUCUGUGUACGGAAGUGUCCACAAAGCCCCCAACAACCUCCGCGAGUGACGUUGGCAAUGGCUUCGGCUACGAGGUGCUGCUGUCGAAGCUGGACUUUAUCGAGUACAAGUUCAUGGAGCUGGAGUUCGAGAUCAAAGAGCAAAACGAGCAGAUGAUGCGCAACCAAGCUCGGUUGGAGAAAACCCACGAGGGAAUGACCUGGAUGAUGAGUCGGAUGGAGCAAGCCGUUGGCCAGAACUUCACCUCGGUGAUGGGACAAUCGUGGCAGAUUCUGCAGCAGCAGAGGAGUUGCGCCAACCAUGAGAGUUUGCGGAAGUCAAUAUUCAGCUUGAAACCGAUCAAGGGACCGUCGGACAAUGUGCGAAUGCUGUUCGAUCUGCAGCAGUUCAAGAGCCGAGGUCCGUACGAAUCUUGCAAGGCUGAACCGAGCAAAACUUCUGGGAAGUAUAUGCUGCAACCAUUUGGUGACGAGGAACCGUUUGUGGCGUAUUGUGAGCAGACAAAAUAUAGGGGAGGUUGGAUUGUGAUUCAACAUCGAUUCGAUGGAUCUGUCGACUUUUACCGAAACUGGACCGAGUACAAGGCUGGAUUUGGUGACCCUGAGAAGGAGUAUUGGAUCGGGUUGGAGUUGCUUCACAAGAUGACGUCGGCCAAGACCUACCAACUGUUGGUGGAACUGGAAGAUUACAACGGAGAUUACAAGUACGCCAAAUAUACGGAGUUUGGGAUUGGCAACGAAACGGAAAAAUACGCGCUGAAAAAGCUUGGAGUUUACAGUGGUUCGGCGGGAGAUUCGUUGGUGUAUCACAAGAACAUGAAGUUCACGACGUUGGACAGUGACAAUGAUGCAAAUGCAGCCAACUGCGCAGAAACGAAUACCGGAGCAUGGUGGUACAACAGCUGUCAUCACAGCAACCUCAACGGACAAUUUAUGAAUGCAAACGAUGUAAGGUCUGUCACGUGGUAUCACUUUAAAAGUGCGCAUUACGGACUACGGUAUACAAGAAUGAUGAUUCGUGAAGUUUGAACCAAUCAAAUCCAAUAAAUGUGUAGGAA